UCAUAAAAGAAUUAAAUAAUUUAGCUCAUAAGAAUGCAAGCAUCAAAUUAUAAAGUUUAUAGCUAAUAGGUGAAAAAUUGAAAAUCAAUACUAUUAUAUUUAUUUGCCUAUCAUUCUAGGCCACUCAAGUAUCUCUUUUAUUUAGAUAAGUUAGAGGCUUCCAAUUUAGGUUUUUCAUGCUUUGCUAGAUAUAGAUAGAGUUACCCUCUUCCCUGUUAAUCUUUUAUUGGGAGAAGUCAUUCUUUACAAAGGGCAAGACAGUGACAUGUCAGGCAUGCGGCACCGUUUGGGAGAGAAGAAAGGAAAUUAAAAAAUAUAUGUGGACUGCUAAGCUGUCCUUUUUAAGCCAAAUGUUUAGACGGAUUCUUCAUUCGGUACUAUAAAUACAGUUUCAGUUACUUCGAUAUGUGUGUCAAUAUAAUUCUUCAAAGUUUUGUGAAGAUAAUAUAGAUAUUGAGAUAUAGCUAGUAAGUUAAAGAUUUAAAGUGGGAGAGAUGGAAAGUUUGCAACAGCAGCAGCAGCAACAGCAAGGAAGUGAUAUUGCACUUCCUCAAUCAUGGGGUAGUGGAAGCAACCGCAUAGCUGCUAUCAAUGUGGAGGGAACCACCCCGCAAUCCUACUCUGGUAACAACAGCAAACAUUUUGAUCAUGAUGACCCAAAACAUGAUCAGAAACCUGGAUGGAGAAAGUUUUUGUCAUUUGUAGGCCCUGGUUUCCUUGUCUCAAUAGCUUAUCUUGAUCCUGGCAACAUGGAAACUGAUUUGCAAGCAGGAGCCAACGAUGGAUAUGAGCUGCUGUGGGUGGUGUUAAUUGGAUUAGUCUUUGCUCUCAUAAUCCAGUCUCUUGCAGCUAAUCUUGGGGUCAGCACUGGCAAGCACUUAUCAGAAUUGUGCAAGGCUGAGUACCCAAAUUUUGUGAAAUAUUGCCUAUGGAUACUUGCAGAAAUUGCUGUCAUAGCUGCUGAUAUACCUGAAGUUAUUGGGACAGCCUUUGCACUAAAUAUUCUGUUUCACAUCCCUGUGUGGGUUGGAGUUCUCUGCACUGGUUUAAGCACUCUCCUUCUCCUUGGCCUGCAAAGAUAUGGGGCAAGAAAGCUCGAAUUGUUAAUAGCAGUGUUGGUACUUGUAAUGGCUGGAUGUUUCUUUGGCGAAAUGAGUUAUGUAAAACCUCCGGCAUCUGGUGUGCUUAAGGGCAUGUUUGUCCCUAAACUUGCCGGCCAAGGAGCCACUGCGGAUGCCAUUGCCCUCUUGGGCUCCCUUAUUAUGCCGCACAAUCUCUUUCUACACUCUGCUCUUGUGCUCUCCAGAAAAGUACCCAACUCUGUUCGAGGCAUCAAUGCUGCCUGCAGAUUUUUCCUGAUGGAGAGUGGUCUCGCCUUAUUUGUGGCGUUUUUGAUCAACGUAGCGAUUGUUUCAGUGUCGGGCACCGUCUGCGCAGCCGAUAACCUUUCGAGUGAUAACCAGGAUCGUUGUAACAAUGUUAACCUCAAUUCUGCUUCUUUCUUACUUCAGAAUGUGUUGGGAAAGUCUAGCUCAACCCUUUAUGGCAUCGCACUUCUUGCCUCGGGGCAAUGCUCUACCAUUACAGGCACUUAUGCAGGACAAUUUAUCAUGCAGGGUUUCUUGGAUCUUAAAAUGAAGAAAUGGAUGAGGAAUUUGAUGACUAGGUGCAUUGCUAUUACACCUAGUCUUAUAGUGUCCAUCAUUGGUGGAUCUCAAAGUGCUGGAAGACUAAUCAUCAUUGCGUCGAUGAUUCUUUCGUUUGAGCUACCAUUUGCUAUGAUCCCACUUCUUAAAUUCAGUAGCAGCUCAACCAAGAUGGGACCAUACAAGAAUUCCAUAUUUAUCAUUGUGAUUUCAUGGAUUUUAGGCCUUGGAAUCAUUGGCAUCAACAUCUAUUACCUAAUCACAGCCUUUGUAGGUUGGUUGAUUCACAAUGAUUUUCCAAAAGUCGGUAAAGUAUUAAUAGGUAUCAUCGUAUUUCCUCUAAUGGCAAUCUACAUCCUGUCAAUCAUAUAUUUAACCUUCCGAAAGGACACUGUUGUAACAUAUAUCGAGCCCGAAAAUAAUGAUCCAGCUGCCCAAGCUCGAUUGGAAAGUGGGCUAGGUAACCCUGACAAGUCCUUCGAGGCUGACAAUAUUCCUUACAGACAAGAUUUAGCCGACAUCCCACUCCCAGAGUAGGUGGUUUCUAAUCUCUCAAAUGACCAGCUAAGCUGUUUAAAGUCUUAU